CUUUUUUUGUCAUCACGCAGGACUCUUCAGUUUACAGAAUUGAAUCUCUAGAAGUGGUUGUUUGCAACCCUGCGCCGAAAGAGAUAGGCCUACUGACUGAAGGGAUUUUUAAUGAUAAUUUUUUUUACAGCUCAAACAAUUCGUCAAACUUUAUCGUUGAGUUGACUUUUCUCUCGCUUGAUUGAUUUAUGUAGACUAAUGACCGCUUCACACACUGACUCGUAAUUUAAUCCUCGUGGUUCGAAUCGGGUGUGUAUUCUGUGUUCUAAUUAGUUGAUUUGGAACACUUGGUGCAUUCGGUUUCCACUUGUCAUUCCAGAACAGGAAAACCACCCGGCCAAAAGUCGACAGGUAACAGGUGACAGAGGCUGUGACUGUUUACUUCGCUUUUUAUCAAUUUUAACUUGAUUUAUUUUGAACUGAGACACUUUAAAAGUUCCAGACAACUAUGUAUAGCAUGAUGGAACACGAGUUAAAGCCCUCUGGGCAACAGCAGUCGCACCAAACCGCCAUGUCUCCGGUCACCGGCAACAACAUUGGCAACUCUCACCCGGGGUCCAAAUCCCUGUGUCCUCCGGGCGGGGACCCCAUGGACAAGGUCAAAAGACCCAUGAACGCCUUCAUGGUCUGGUCUAGGGGCCAGCGUCGCAAGAUGGCCCAGGAGAACCCCAAGAUGCACAACUCCGAGAUCAGCAAGCGGCUGGGCGCGGAGUGGAAGCUACUGACUGAUGCUGAGAAGCGGCCGUUCAUUGACGAAGCCAAGCGCCUCAGGGCGGUGCACAUGAAGGAUUACCCCGACUACAAGUACAAGCCACGCCGUAAAACCAAGCCCCUGCUCAAAAAGGACAACCAAAUGGGGAAGUACCCUCUCUCCGCCGGGAACCUGCUGGCCGCGGCCGCCGCGCAGGGCCAAGGUGGGAGUCCCAGGAUGGAGAGUUACGGGUGGGGCCCGGCGGGAGGUUACGCCGGGAUGCAGAGCGAGGCCCUUGGCUACACUCAGCAGCUGCACCGCUACGACCUGUCCGCGCUCCAGUACCCCCAGGCCAUGACCGCAGCACAGACGUAUAUGAACGGCGCCAACACCUACAGCCCCAUGUCCUACAGCAGCAGCCACCAGCAGCCCAGCCCAGUCAUGUCCAUGGUGAAGCCAGAGCCGGUGUCGCACUCCCCGACCGGUGGACCUAACCACCACCGCGGGCCUCUCCAGGGGGAUUUGAGGGAUAUGAUCAGUAUGUACAUCCCCGGGGGAGACACCAGUGACCCUGCCGCCCAGAGAGGAGGCUACAGCGUCCAGCAACACUAUCUCAGUGGGACUGUCCCCCUCACUCAUAUCUAGGGACCGGUGGGGAUAGUGACUGGGACUCAAUGUGAGUGUGCUGGCUUGGAGGGACACAAGGACACCAGUUUUGUCACACACCCUGGGUACAACACUGUCAGACCCACUCAUUAUGGUCCUGCGUUGCAUUAUAAAAAGCAGUGACUUUAUAUAAAAAGGUUAUUUUUCUACCUCCGCAUUUUGACUACAAUAAUAUGCCCCUUCGUCCGUCCCGUCCUCUGUCCCAAGACUGGGUUGUUUGUUCAGUUGCCCAUCCACUUCUUGGACGGAGACACUUCUCGAUUAACUUCUCGUUAUGACGGACUGCUGUCCUGUACAUAUACUUUACGACGAUGAAAUGUUUGUUUGUGUACAUAGGAUUUUUUUCCCUCUUUGACAAAAACGGAGCUUCCAUUCAAAAACGCCCGGGCCGCUAUGUAUGUCGCAAAACACCUGACUCUUGUAUGUUCACAAUGUUCCAUUGUGUUCAGUCUCCUGUAUUGUCCUACUGGCACAGUAGUACCUGCCCCUCGGGUUUAUGGGUAAUCAUGAUCACGACCUAAACUAAACCAACCGGGAGGGAGACAUGGGCUGCAUCCCAAAUGGCACCCUAUUCCCCAUAUAGUGCUCUACUUUUGACCAGAGCCCUAUGGGCCCUGCAUGGUCAAAACUAAUGCACUAUAAAGGGAAUAGGGUGCCAUUUGGGAUGCAGACUCAGAGGGGCUCCACCAUGGGAACGCAACACACUGGGAACCGGGUCAGUCAAUCACUAUCCUCCUAGGGCCAGUGACAUACAAAUCACAUGACCCGCCACAAGAAUUCUGAUGAUUCUGAUUCCAGAACUGGUUUUGUUUGUGUGGCCCAGUGGGGCCUCUCUCAGAACGGAACAUCUAAUCAACUAACCGCUUGCUAGUGCAGUGAAAUGGGGAGACCAAGGGAGAAACGCACAGAAUAUAACUUGGGGAAGAGAGGGAGAAAUGCACAGAAUAUAACUUGAAUGAAGAGUGACACUUUUUUUUAUACAAGUAUGGCCUCUUGGUGCCUUCUACUUUGAGUAAGUGCGCUUGUUUUUAAAGCCAAUCCAAUUUCAUAGGAUGACAUGGUAUAGUCUGUUGGACAAUCUUAUGAGUUCAUUGGAGCCAAUGGAAACAAGUAUAUGAGAUUAAUUGGUGUGUUUAGUAGUACUGAAUAUCCAAACCCCAUACCAAUGCAUUUUUGUUUGAGUCUUCAAUAAAAAAUAAAAAAUAUAUAUAUAACAUGGUUUUAAGUUGAAGGAAAAAUCCACUCCAAUUCUUUUUGGUAUUUUUUCCAUUAGUCCACUGUUGAUACAGUCCUAAAAUGUUUUGCAUGUCAAGUUUUCAAGAUAUAUGAUUUUCAAGAA